AUGAGCAGUGAAGAUAAAGAAGAAGUCUUCGUUCUCGAGAAGGCUGAGAUCUCUGUCGAUGAUGACGAGGGAUAUGACUAUAAUGAAAUCAAGGAUAGCGAUGAUGAUCAAAUCUUCCUAAAAGAUGGUAGUGAGUCAGAUGAUUUAGAGGACUUUGAGAGACUCAAGCAUAAUACAGAUGUUAAGAAAAUUGAAAAACAGACUCAAGGAAAAUCUCAGUUAGGAACACAGUUUAUGAAAACAAAAUACGAAUCCAAACCCAAAGUAGUCAAAAGACAUGUAGUGAUUGAUGAUUUUAUUCGGAACUAUCUUGCCAAGUAUAAUAUGCACAAGACUUUGAAUAUUUUUCAAAACGAAUGGAGUCAACUCCAAAAAAAAGGAACUUUCAAUGAUAACUACAUCGGUUUGAUUACAGAUACUGAAAACAAAAAUGCAAGAAUGGAAGAGAGAAUACAAAGAAUGAAAAUUGAACUAGAAAAAGAGGAAGUUAAGGCUGAAAAGGCCAAAUCAACUUGGUUAAAGCUGAGAAAGGAAAGAGAUUUUCAUAAAACACACACUCAAAGAGUACAAAAAGAAAAAGAGCAGAUUACUUCCAAUAUGUCAAAGUUAAGGGACCUCCAGGAGCAGUAUGAAGAUAAAAUUAAUGAGUUGAUGAAGAAGUAUGAGGUCACUCUCAAGGAAAAGACUCUUUUGAAAUUAGAAAAAGAGAAGCUACAGAAGAAAGCUUUAGACAUAAAGGCUAGAAUUAAAGAGAAGGAAGAUGAUGUUGCUUAUGCUAUUGAGAAAUCAAAAGCCAGGGAUUCUGGAGCAGCAAAAGGAAAACAAAUUCUCAAAAUGAAAGGACAGAAUACUCCUUAUCCUUCUGAUGAUGCAAGGCCAAACCCCUUCCUAGCUAGAGAGUAUGAUGACUUCAACGUGAAAGCUGCAAGCCAGAAAAUUGUAAAAGCUCAUGAUGUUGGGAUUGGAGGAAUGUGCUUGCAUUUUAAAAAGCAGAUCGUUGCUACUGUCUCAGAUGACUGAAUGUGGAAGAUUUGGAAUAUGGAAGAUGGAGAAAAUAUUUUGUCAGGCGAAGGACAUAAAAAUUGGCUUUCAGGUGUAGAUUUUCACCCAGCUGGAUCUCAUCUAGUCACUUCGGGAGGAGAUACUACGAUAAAAAUAUGGGAUUUCAUCAACUCUUGUUGUUCGGUUGUAUUCACAGAUCACACUCAGCCAGUUUGGAGUGUGAAAUUUCAUGAUACCGGAGAUUUUGUACUAAGUGGAUCUAUGGAUGGGUCAAUGAAGUUAUUUGAUGUGAAUGCCGAGAGAUCUCGACAGGCUUAUAGAGGUCAUACUGAUUCAGUAAAUUCUGUGAAUUUUCAGCCAUUUACCAACUUUUUUGUCUCAGCAAGUGCAGACAAAACUAUUUCAGUUUGGGAUAUGAGAACUGGACUAACAAUUCAAACUUUCUAUGGGCAUUUAAAUUCAGUCAAUGAGGCUGCUUUCAGCAUUUCAGGCCAUUUGAUUAGUUCAUGAGAUUCAGAUGGAAUUGUAAAAGUUUGGGAUAUUAGAAUGGUUCAAGAAGUAGUCCAACUUGAUACAGGAGAUUCUAUUGCUCAUUCUGUGUGCUUUGAUAAAACGAAUAAUGUUGUAGCAGUAGGUUGUGCAGAUGCUUCGAUUAAAAUGAUAAAUAUUGAAAAAGGAGAAAUUAUAAGUACACUCAAAGGACAUGAUGAUGCAGUAAACUCGGUAAUUAUCGAUCAGGAAAAUUCCACUCUCUUCUCUGCUAGUUCUGAUGGAACUAUUAGAGCUUGGAGGUAA